AUGGUGUUGAAGAAAAUCAGAAGAAAAGUGGAAAGAAUCAUCACAAAACCCUUCAAAAAACCUCCAAGAAAACCCUCUAUAAAACCCCAAUCACCAAUCUCUUCUCCUCCACCAGAACCACCACCCGCCAUCAUGAACCGCCGCCCCUCCCACCCUUUCAUGUUUCCAGAAACCAACUCCACCGUCCUCCCUCACCCCUCCACCUUCUUCUCCACCAACCUUCUCUCUUCCCCUCUCCCCACAAACUCUUUCUUCCAAAACUUCGUCCUCAAAAAUGGCGAUCAACCUGAAUACAUCCAUCCAUAUUUAAUCAAAUCAUCUCCUUCCUCGCUUUCUAUGUGUUACCCACCUUUAUUCUCCACCACCGCCUUCACAUAUCAAAUCUUCAACGCCGAUCUCACCAUCUCCGCCGUGGAUAACCCUGACCCAAAUCAAACCCACGUCAUAUCUUCAUUCAACGAUCUAAGUGUGACGUUAGAUCUUCCACAAAGUUUAAGAUUUUAUCUAGUUAGGGGUAGCCCGUUUUUAACAUGUCAAGUCUUACAAAAAACCGAACUUUCCAUUUCAACCAUUCAUGCAAUUCUUGAUUUUACUCCUAAUUCUUCAAGAACCAAGUACAAAAUCAAUCUCAACAACGGUCAAACAUGGCUAUUGUAUUCAUCUUCACCGAUUGAUCUAACCCACGAGAUAUCAAAGAUUUCAUCUUCAUUGUUUUCCGGUGUUAUUCGUAUCGCAAUACUCCCGAAUUCAGCAAACCCUAAUCUUGAAACGGUUCUUGAUCGUUUCAGUUCUUGCUAUCCGGUAUCGGGUGAUGCUGCGUUUACGACACCAUUUUGUGUUGAAUAUAAAUGGGAAUCGAAAGGUUGGGGGGAUUUGUUAAUGUUAGCAAACCCUCUUCAUCUUCGUCUUCUUGAUGUGUCUUCAGUUAAAGUUCUUGACGACGUUAAAUACAAUAGCAUCGAUGGCGAACUUGUGGGUGUCAUCGGAGAUUCGUGGGUGCUAAAAACCGAUCCAGUUUCAGUAACUUGGCAUUCGAUAAAAGGAAUCAAAGAAGAAAACUACCCGGAAAUCAUUGAUGCUCUUGUAAAAGACGUCGAUGGGUUAGAUUCAUCUUCAAUAUCGACAACAUCAUCGUAUUUUUAUGGGAAGCUUGUCGCAAGAGCUGCUAGAUUAGCUUUAAUAGCUGAAGAAGUUACUUAUAUUGAAGUAAUUUCAAGAAUUCAGAAGUAUUUAAAGGAUACAAUCGAGCCAUGGUUAGAUGGAACAUUCAGUGGAAACGGAUUUUUAUAUGACAAAUCAUGGGGUGGAAUUAUAACAAAACAAGGGUCUCAAGAUUCAAGUGCUGAUUUCGGAUUUGGAAUAUACAACGAUCAUCAUUACCAUAUUGGUUACUUUCUUUACGGGAUCGCUGUUCUUGCUAAAAUAGAUCCAAUAUGGGGAAGAAAAUAUAGACCUCAAGCUUACACGUUAAUGGCGGAUUUCAUGACGUUAGGUAGAGGUGGAAACUCGAAGUAUACAAGGUUAAGAUGUUUCGAUUUAUGGAAGCUACAUUCAUGGGCAGGUGGUUUGACUGAGUUUGCAGAUGGAAGGAAUCAAGAAAGCACAAGUGAAGCAGUUAAUGCGUAUUACUCAGCGGCAUUAAUGGGAUUAGCUUAUGGAGACACACAUCUUGUUUCGAUUGGCUCUUUGCUUACAGCUAUGGAGAUUCAUGCAUCUCAAACAUGGUGGCAUGUGAAAGAAGAUGAUAGUUAUUACAGUGAAGAAUUCACGAGGGAUAAUCGAGUGGUGGGGGUUUUGUGGGCGAAUAAGAGAGAUAGUGGGUUGUGGUUUGCUCCGCCGGAAUGGAGGGAGUGUAGGGUGGGGAUUCAGGUGCUGCCAUUGUUGCCGGUGACGGAGGUUUUGUUUUCCGAUGUGGGGUUUGUGAGGCGGCUUGUGGAGUGGGGUUUGCCGGCGUUAGGGAGGGAAGGUGUUGGUGAAGGGUGGAAAGGGUUUGUGUAUGCGUUACAAGGGAUUUAUGAGAAGGAAAUUGCUAUUGAAAAGAUAAGGGACUUAAAUGGAUUUGAUGAUGGGAAUUCUUUAAGUAAUUUGUUAUGGUGGAUUUACAGUAGAAGUGAAGGUGAAGAAGAAGGUUAUGAAGGCGGAGGGAGGCAUUGUUGGUUUGGUCAUUAUUGUCAUUAA